CAUCCCGGAAGCGGAAGUAGCUUGAUUUUCCCCAGCGAGCUGUUGUGUAACUAUAAUGGCAUACAGGCCUGCAUGAAUCGUCUAAUCCUGAAAUAAGUCUUUUUUUUUAAAUCUGGUAUUGCGUUUUUAGCUUUUUAAAGAUUUAUUUUGUUUGCUCGGUGGUUUACUUGGGAUUUUAAACUUUGACUAAAACGGAAAUGGACGGCGAGACUUCAGAGUUUGACCUGCAUUCAGGAACGGACACGAGCAUGAACCAGGACAACGCUCCAGUGUACUGCAUCUGUCGCAAACCAGACAUCAACUGCUUCAUGAUCGGUUGUGACAACUGCAACGAGUGGUUUCAUGGCGACUGCAUUCAUAUAUCCGAGAAGAUGGCAAAAUCCAUUCGGGUGUGGUACUGUGAAAAAUGUCGCAGUAACGAUGAUUCUUUGGAGAUAAAAUAUCGCUCCAAGAAAAGCCGGGACCGAGAGUCAGACGGAGACGAAAUGGAGAGGCAGCUUGAGUGUGACACGCCCGAUUUUAAGAACGAUCGGCGACGUGGGUCACGGAUCAAGCGCUCGGCGCGUAUGUGUGGGGAGUGUGAGCCCUGCAUGCGGACAGAGGACUGCGCUCAGUGUGACUUCUGUAAGGACAUGAAGAAGUUCGGCGGGCCCAAUAAGAUCAGGCAGAAGUGCAGGCUCAGGCAGUGUGAAGUGCGCGCCCGGAAAAUGCUGCGUGUGAAGGAGGAGGAGUAUUCCAUGUCUAAAGGCCGAGAGCGCUUCCAGCCCGACUACCCCCUGUCAGACGAGUACAGUGAGAACGAGCUGGAGCUCUACCAGCAGUACUGCGCCGGCAAAUACACAGAUCACGGAUGGAACAGUGAUGAAGACGAUGGGUCGUACCUUGAUGCCACCAUGCGAAAGAGAGCUGUGAAGGUCAAGCAUGUGAAGAGGAGAGAGAAACGCUCUGAGAAAAAGAAAGAGGAAAACAAGCCCCGUAAACAUAAACCGAAGCAGAAGCACAGGGACAAGGUGAGACACAGUGAGAGGAUGGAAGCUCGAGACAGCGGUGAAGCCAGACAGUGCCUCGGACCAGGCUGCGUUGAAUCGGCGCGUCCCAGCUCCAAGUACUGCUCUGAUGACUGCGGCAUGAAGCUCGCUGCCAACCGGAUCUAUGAGAUCCUCCCUCAGCGUAUCCAGCAGUGGCAGCAGAGCCCCUGCAUCGCCGAGGAGCAGGGAAAGAAGCUUCUGGAACGCAUCCGGCGCGAGCAGCAGUUAGCCCGGACACGGCUCACGGAUAUGGAGAAACGUUUCCACGAGCUGGAGGGCAUCAUUGCUAAGGCAAAGCAGCAGGUCGUCCAACAUGACGAAGAAGUAAACGAAGGAGACGACGAUACGGACCUUCAAAUUUUCUGUGUCUCCUGCAGUCAUCCGGUCAACCCCAAGGUGGCGCUACGUCACAUGGAGAGAUGUUAUUCCAAGUAUGAGAGUCAGACAUCCUUUGGAUCGAUGUAUCCCACACGCAUAGAGGGUGCAACCAGGUUGUUCUGUGAUGUAUACAAUCCUCACAGCAAAACGUACUGUAAAAGGCUUCAGGUUCUGUGUCCUGAGCAUUCCCGCGAUCCAAAGGUUCCAGCAGAUGAGGUGUGUGGAUGUCCUUUGGUGCGUGAUGUUUUUGAGCCGACGGGUGAGUACUGCCGAGUGUCGAAACGCAAGUGCAACAAACACUACUGCUGGGAGAAACUGCGCCGGGCCGAGGUGGACCUGGAGAGAGUGCGAGUGUGGUACAAGUUGGACGAGUUGUUCGAACAGGAGCGCAACGUCCGAAUAGCAAUGACGAAUCGCGCAGGUCUCUUAGCUCUCAUGCUGCAUCAGACGAUUCAACACGACCCACAUUCAACAGACCUGCGCACCAGCAAAGACAGAUAACCAGCCAGGACUCUCUUUUAUACAGUCUGUUGUUUAUUCCAGAAACUAUUAGAAAAAGAAAUAACAAGUGUGUUUCAUUCAAAUCUACAUUUAAAUAAUAUUAACUUUUUUUUUUUUUUAAUAAAUGAGAAUGAUGUUGGAUGAUGAUGAUGACACUAUAGUAAAGAUUCAUUAGAGGUUCAGUUUUAGGAGAUGAGUUAUCAGUGCUCCAUGUACCGUACUGUGUGUGUGUAUAUGUAAAGUUGCUGUCUUUGUCCAUACGUGUCACUUAAUCAGUCAUCGUUAUACUGUUCUACAUUUUAAAAUUGUUAACAUACUUACUAAAAGUAGUUAUUGGUGCUUGUCUUGUUUGGAAGAAGAAAGAAUCAUGUAUUGUUGUGUAAACGUAGCUGAUAUAUUUCGUUUCUUAAAAUAAACUGUUGUGUGGAAGUGUUUUUUAAAGAUUUUUUUGUUGUUGUUGUAACCUAGAACAGUUCAAUAAUGUUGCAUUCAUUUUUUUUUCCAUUUGAUUGCUUUUGGGGCGGCACGGUGGUGUAGUGGUUAGCGCUGUCGCCUCACAGCAAGAAGGUCCUGGGUUCAAGCCCCGUGGCCGGCGAGGGCCUUUCUGUGUGGAGUUUGCAUGUUCUCCGCGUGGGUUUCCUCCGGGUGCUCCGGUUUCCCCCACAGUCCAAAGACAUGCAGGUUAGGUUAACUGGUGGCUCUAAAUUGACCGUAGGUGUGAAUGUGAGUGUGAAUGGUUGUCUAUGUGUCAGCCCUGUGAUGACCUGGCGACUUGUCCAGGGUGUACCCCGCCUUUCGCCCGUAGUCAGCUGGGAUAGGCUCCAGCUUGCCUGCGACCCUGUAGAAGGAUAAAGCGGCUAGAGAUAAUGAGAUGAGAUGAUUGCUUUUGCCCUUCGUUAUAGAUGAAUGGACACCAACCAAUGCUUAACUUUCACCCUUUCAUGGCUUGGUGAUGAGUGUAAAUGGAAGUUGAUGUUAAUGGACUGUACUCUUGAUGAAAGGAUUGGCAGUGAGUGACAGAUAAAAUUAUAAUAAUUAA